AGGAUAUUAAACAAGGUAGGCUGCGAUUCCAUGGAUGCCAUGCUGGCGCGUAUUGGAGCAGCGGCAGACCUGUGGAUCGUCCGCGCGCUGCGAGCGCGUGCACUUCUUUCUCCGUCCGCUGCUGCCGGUGCUGCGUCUGACCUCCUCCUCCGCCUCCUGCUCCUGCUCCUGCUGCUGCUUCGUCGCUUGUCCCGACGCGAUGCCGGAAGCGCGUCUUGAAGUUCGAGAAGAGCUGCAAGGCUGAUCUCCUCCUUCGCGUCUUUCGGAUUUCCUCGGACGAAGCACUUUUCGGGUGCUGUCCGACCUCGUCGCGCCCUGCGGCCCUGGACUUUGCAAGGGAGGGGAGGUGACUCGUGUGAGGGCGUGCCUCGCUAAAUAUCGAUUUGAAGCCCAUUGUCGCCUCCCAUUGUGGUGAUGCUAUCGCCCGAGAUGGGUCACGGACACUCACACGGGAAGUGCGAAGAAGAGGAGGAAAAAGAGGAGCAAAAUGGAAGCAGCAGACCCAGACUGGCUGGAGGAGGUGGAUCGAGAAACCGACUCCGGAGAGCUUUCCGAAGCACGGGUUCAAAAAAUGAGCUUAGAAAAUGCAUCAAACAAGAGCAAUUCAGCGGCAUUGUGCGGAUUACUCUCUUCUCGGCAGAGAUGCGGUUCAAAGACAAGUGGUUUGCUUGCGUGUCGCUAGGAGAACAGACAUUUCGUACGGCCACGUCGAACAACACAGACAAACCACAGUGGAAUUCGAAGAAGAAUAUCGUCUUGGAAGCAAAUGGUCCUCGAAUUGUUCACAUUUCUGUCUUUGAGACGAACAAAUUCACAAAGAACAAUUUGGUGGGUUACUGCGAACUUGAUCUCUCCGAGAUUUUUAAUCCGGACGUGGACCAUAAUAAAGAGGAGCAUAAAUUGUUAGAUCCCAAUGGUCUGACUGAAGAUGUCGGAACUAUAACUCUUGGAUAUGAUGCCCAGGAUCGCGAUGAUACUGAAAUGGGCUUCGCUCGACGGUUGCUUUCUCUUGUGGAUUAUGAUGCGGACGGUGAACUGUCUCUCGAUGAGUUUCGUGACCUAAUCAAGGCUUUUGGUAACAAAGUCUCAGACAAGAAGCUUGAAGAGAUUUACAACAAGGCUGAUGUAAAUCAAGACAGAAAAGUGAGUGCCGAUGAGUUGGCUGAACUUAUUGCAAAGAGUGGAGACAGGGAUGUCCUGGUGAAGCAGUGUCCAGUGUGUGGAGAAGCUCUUGGGAACAUAGAUGAACUCAAUGAUAUCAUACAUAUGACCCUCUGUUUUGAUGAAGGGACAGGGAAUCAGAUCAUGACGGGUGGAUUUUUGACCGAGAAGCAGGCCUCUUAUGGGUGGAUGUUCAAGUUGAGUGAAUGGGUAAAUUUGUCCUCGUAUGAUGCUGGUGGUCUCAAGUCAGGAGCAAGUGCUGCACACAUACUGGUUUUUGAUCGAAGAACGAAGCGGUUGGUGGAGGAAUUGAUUGACCGAAAGAUCGUUUUGUCUUUGCGUGCCAUAUAUCAGUCGAAGCUGACGCUUGCUCUUCUGGACAUGCGUACGAAGAGUUUGUUGGUCAAUAUGUCUAUAAAGCAAGGAGAGCGGAUGUCGACACCACAAUCUGCACAUGAUAUACUUAAAUUCAUAGAAUUUUUUCAGGACCGUAUAAAGGUGGAUGAAUUCAAAUAUCCUAUUGAGCAUUACAAGACUUUCAAUGACUUCUUCAUACGAGAGCUCAAACCAGGGUGUCGUCCAAUUGCCCACGAGGACAAUGAUGCAGUAGCAGUCUGUGGAGCUGACUGCCGGUUGAUGGCAUUUAAUACCUGUGAUGACGCAACUCGUUUCUGGAUCAAGGGACGGAAGUUUUCGAUCAAAGGGCUUCUAGGUAGUGAUGAGAUUGGCAAGGAUUUCGCUGAAGGCACUUUGGUCAUCUUUCGGUUAGCUCCUCAGGAUUACCAUCGAUUUCAUAUGCCAAUUAGUGGGGUGGUGGGACCGAUCAUCCACAUACCCGGCCAUCUGUACACGGUGAACCCGAUCGCUGUGAACAGUAAAUAUUGCAAUGUAUUUACUGAUAACAAGCGAGCAGUAUCAGUUAUAGAAAGUAAAGAAUUUGGCAAGAUGGCUUUUGUUGCUAUUGGUGCAACCAUGGUGGGUAGCAUCACCUUCACUAAAAAUGUAGGCGACAAAGUGAAGAAAGGAGAUGAGUUUGGCUACUUUUCGUUUGGUGGGAGCACCUGUAUAAUGGUCUUUCAAAAGGGAGCAAUAGAGUUAGAUGAAGAUCUGCUAGCCAACAGUGAGAGAUCACUGGAGACGCUGGUUACCGUAGGUGAAUCAUUAGGAGUGGCACGUAUGUAUUCAGCUGAAGUCAACGACCAGGUACACCGGCCAUCAAUUCAAGACAGUGUUGUCGGACUCGACAACGAUGUUGCCAGGAAGGGUGUACUUGCGUCUGCAAGUUUUAAUGUCCGAGGAGGACAUUUGGGACUGGAAGGAGAACCUGAAUACGACGUAGGUUCUGAUUAGCUGUUCAAAUCUGUGAAUAUUGGAAAUUUUUUUGUCUAUGCAGUCUUGGUUUCUUGGCCCAAGGUAGUCGACAAAUUGUGGUUCUCUUGUAUAAGAAACCUGUCGAGCCAAAGUAGACGCGACUUUGAUUGGUCUGUAAUUUGCUGCUGACUGCUAGCCUGCGGACAAUUUGUGAAGACCAUACUCUGUUGAGUUCCCUCUCAACUGUGCUCGUGAAAUGUUUUUUGCCAUGAGAUAGCUUGGUCAUAUUUGACCAAGCUUAGUGGCAUAGUGGCUCUGACACAUUUCGGCAUCUUCACUUUGGUGUAAAUGUGUAACCAAUGAUUGACACAAUGAAGUACGGAGUGUCCGAGGUUUCAGAGCCAGUCCGCUUCCUGAGAGGCUCCAUAGCAUCAGUCGAGGGAUUGGGUUCUUGUACAGAAGAAGGGACGAUUGCGUCAAAUUUUUUGCCCUCUGGAUGCAAUAUCAGACCUCUGUGGUCUAGCAGUGCGUUACAGUCAGUUGGCAUGAUGGACUAGAUUGUGAUUACUUCACUCCAAGUUUUACUAUCGCUUGAUUCCCUGUCUCCGAAGUUUUCUAGAGCUCCUGAUUCUGGCGUGGUGACACCAAGACAAGGCUUCAGAAGAUCACGCUUUUCGAAGAAAUCUCCAAGGCAGUGUGAACUGAACGAGGUUACAUAACGGAAGAUGAACGAGCCGGGAUGUGUUGGUUAUCAAUGUAACAGAGAAAGCUGAAGCAGAGGAUAGUUGAAGGAUCGUUGAAGAGACAGGCUCAGUUAGGAUGCAAGUUUUGAGGCAGGCUAAAAGAAAAUUUUGAGCUCUCGCUGCUAAGAUAGUUUAAGCUGAGAAUUAAGUUCUUGUACAGGAAAAAAAUUUUCCGGAAGAUAAAGCUGAUGUUUGUUGGAGAAU